UGCGGCGUAGGCAGGGUCCCCCCCGACGAACCUGCUGACGAGAGGGAUGCCAGGAUCUUCUCCCGGUCUCGGCCCUCGGAUUUCCAGCAGCACAUCUCUGCCCCCCCGCCCCCCAGUCCCAACCGCCCGCGCAGCCCCUGGGGGCAGCUGGACCCCUACGACUCCUCUGAGGAUGACAAGGAGUACGUGGGUUUUGCCACGCUGCCCAACCAGGUCCAUCGGAAGUCGGUGAAGAAAGGCUUCGACUUCACCCUCAUGGUGGCAGGGGAAUCAGGGCUGGAGCGCAUCACGCAGACGGUGGAGAUCACCAAGCACGUGGUGGACAUCGAGGAGAAGGGAGUCAAGCUGCGCCUGACCAUUGUGGACACGCCGGGCUUCGGUGACGCUGUCAACAACACUGAGUGCUGGAAGCCAGUGGCUGACUACAUUGACCAGCAGUUUGAGCAGUAUUUUCGUGACGAAAGCGGCCUCAACCGGAAAAACAUCCAGGACAACCGCGUCCACUGCUGCAUCUACUUCAUCUCGCCCUUUGGCCAUGGGCUCCGGCCCCUGGAUGUGGAGUUCAUGAGAGCCCUGCACCAGCGAGUGAACAUCGUGCCAGUGCUGGCCAAGGCUGACACCCUGACCCCCACCGAGGUGGAACGCAUGAAGAACAAGAUCCGGGAGGAGAUCGACCAGUAUGGCAUCCGCAUCUACCAGUUCCCCGAGUGCGACUCGGAUGAGGAUGAGGAGUUCAAGCUGCAGGACCAGGCACUGAAGGAAAGCAUCCCCUUUGCUGUCAUCGGCAGCAACACGGUGGUGGAAGCCAAAGGCCGGCGUGUCCGUGGGCGCCUCUACCCCUGGGGCAUCGUGGAAGUGGAGAAUCCAUCCCACUGUGACUUUGUGAAGCUGCGGACGAUGCUGGUGAGGACCCACAUGCAGGACCUCAAGGAUGUGACAAGGGAAACCCACUAUGAGAACUACCGUACCCAGUGCAUCCAGAGCAUGACCCGCAUGGUGGUGAAGGAGAGGAACCGCAACAAGCUGACGCGGGAGAGCGGGACGGACUUCCCUAUCCCUGUCAUCCCUCCGGUGCCAGAUGCGGAGACGGAGAAGCUCAUCCGGGAGAAGGACGAGGAG